GCCUGGCCACCAUGCCACCUCCUCUCCUCUUCUCCUUCGUCCUCUUCCUGACCCCCAUGGGGGUCAGGUCCCAGAAACCAGUGCUGGUGGCAGUGGAAGAGGGAGAUGAUGCUGUGUUGCCCUGCCUUCAGGUUUCCCCAGAUACUACUGCCUCUAAGAACCUGACCUGGUAUCGGGGGAACCAGUCAGCACCCUUCUUAGAGUUGAGCUUGGGGGUACCGGGCCUGGGCAUCCGGUUGGGGCCCAUGGGCACCCUGCUACUCAUCUUCAAUGUCUCGGACCAGAACGGAGGCUUCUAUCUGUGCCAGCCUGGGCCCCCUUCUCAGGAUGCCCAGCAGCCUGGCUGGACAGUGAGCGUGGAGGGCAGCGGAGAGCUGUUCCGGUGGAAUGCUUCAGACUUUGGGGACCUAGGCUGUGGCCUGGAGAACAGAUCCUCAGAGAGUCCCAGACUCUCUUCUGGUCACCCCAACAGGUCCUGGCUAUAUGUGUGGGACAAAGGCCACCCCAAGACCUGGGGAGCAGAGCCUGUGUGUACCCCACAGAGGGAAAGACUGAACCAGAGCUUCAACCAAGACCUCACUGUGACCUCUGGCUCCACACUCUGGAUGUCCUGUGGGGUGCCCCCUGCUUCUGUAGCCAGGAGCUCUGUCUCCUGGACCCAUGUGCACCCCAAGAAGCCUACCAUCCCAUUGCUAAGCCUAAACCUGGGGGAAGAUCCCCCAGGAAGAGAGAUGUGGAUCCUGAGGUAUCAUCUGUUACUGCCCCAGGCUACGGGUAAAGAUACCGGUACCUAUUAUUGUCACCGUGAAAACAUGACCGUCGAGAUACACCUGAAGGUCACUGCCCAGCCAGCAUUGCGCUGGCUGCUGAGGUCUCGUGGCUGGAUAGUCCCAGUUGUGACUUUGGCUUAUCUCAUCUUCUGCCUGAGUUCCCUGAUAGCUUUUCUUUAUCUUAGACAAGCCCUGAUCCUGAGGAGGAAAAGAAAGCGAAUGACAGAUCCCACCAGGAGGUUCUACAAAGUGACGCCUCCCCCAGGAAACGGGACCCAAAAUCAGUACGGGAACGUGCUAUCCCUUCCCAUGUCCACCUCUGGCACUGGACGAGCCCAGCGUUGGGCGGCAGGCCUGGGGGGCGCUGCCCGGUCCUAUGGAAACCCACGCAGCAGUGUCCAGGAGGUUAGUGCGGUCGAGCCCCGGAGCCCCACUGAAGCAGGGCUGGAAGAAGAGGAAGGAGAAGCCUAUGAGGAGCCGGACAGUGAAGAGGGCUCUGAGUUCUAUGAAAACGACUCCAACCUUGGGCAGGACCAGCUCUCCCAGGAUGGCAGUGGCUAUGAGAACCCUGAGGACGGGCCGUUGGGUCCUGAGGAUGAGGACUCUUUCUCGAACGCUGAGUCUUAUGAGAACGAUGAUGGAGAGCUGGUCCAGCCAGUCACCAGGACAGUAGACUUCUUGAGCCCCCAUGGGUCUGCCUGGGACCCCAGCCGUGAAGCAACCUCCCUUGGGUCCCAGUCCUAUGAGGACAUGAGAGGGAUGCUGUAUGCAGCCCCCCAGCUCCGCUCACUUCGGUCUGGUGCCAGUCAUGAGGAAGACGCAGACUCUUAUGAGAACAUGGACAAUUCUGACGAGCCAGAACCAACUUGGAUAGGAGGGGACCACAUGGGGGCCUGGAGUACCAGGUGACCCCCCCACCCCGGGUGACCAGCUUGGGCUUCUUCAGGCCCCAAGAUCCACACCUAACUCAGAAAUCUGGGGUCCCCAAACAGAUGGUGCCAACCUCUGGAGCGACAGUGCUUGAGUAUGUGUGUGUGUAUGUGUGUGUGCACAUGUGUGUGCCCUGAAACUUCCUUCCCACCCAUUUUGCUUUCCAGAAAUA